AUGGUAAUUAACGUGGCGAAACGAGAGUUGGAUUCUCUUUUGGAACAAGAAGAGGUUUGGUGGAAACAACGGUCCAGAGCUUCUUGGCUCAAACAUGGGGGCAGAAACACAAGGUUCUUUCACCAGAGGCGAAAGAGAAACUUAAUUGAGUUCUUGAAAGAUGAUCGAGGCAGGGAAGUGGAGGAGGACCCUCACAUUGCUCGAGUGCUUGGUGAUUACUUUGCUGGUUUGUUCACUUCUUCAAAUCCCGAGGGGGUUGAGGAGACGACGGACCUGGUUGCUGAGAGAGUCUCCCAGUCUCACUUGACAGUGUUGGGGGAGCCUUUUACUAGAGAGGAGGUGGAGGAGGCGCUGUUCCAGAUGCACCCUACGAAGGCGCUUGGUUUGGAUGGCUUCCCGGCUUUAUUUUACCAGAAACAUUGGGAUAUUAUUGGUGAUGAGAUUCUGAUUUCUACCUCCAGAUUGAAAAUUAUUCUGCCUGAUAUUAUAGGUCAAACUCAAAGUGCUUUUGUUCCAGGUAGGUUAAUUACUGAUAAUGCGCUUGUCGCUUAUGAGUGCUUCCAUUUUAUGAAGAAGCGAAUUUAUGGCCGUAAUGGCAUGAUGGCUAUGAAACUUGAUAUGUCCAAAGCAUAUGACAGAGUCGAGUGGCCUUUUUUGCAAGGUGUUCUUCAAAAGAUGGGGUUCCCUCCAUCUUGGGCCUCAGCUCUUAUUGAGAAGAGCGUUGCAUCUAGAAUGUUGCAUGGUAUUAAAGUGGCAAAUAGAGCCCCUGUGAUUUCUCACCUUCUUUUUGCAGAUGAUAGUAUUAUCUUUGCUAGAGCUAAUUCUCAGGAGGCAGAGUGUGUUUUGGACGUCCUGUCCACCUAUGAGAAGGCUUCCGGUCAGGUUAUUAACCUUGAUAAGUCGAUGCUCUCAGUAAGCCGCAAUGUGCCUCAGAAUGGUUUGGAUGAGCUUAAACAGCUUUUGAAUGUUAAGGCAGUGGAGAGUUUUGAUAAAUAUCUUGGUUUACCAACUAUGAUAGAUAUUGAAAGUAUGGUGUCCAGAUUUUAUUGGGGUGGCGAUGUCGAACAGAGAGGCCUACAUUGGGCUAGCUGGCAAAAGUUAAAGAGAUCAAAAUUUGAUGGUGGCCUUUGUUUUCGUGAUUUUAAGUCUUUUAAUAUUGCCCUUGUGGCUAAGAAUUGGUGGAGAAUUUUUUCUCAUUCGGAAACCUUACUUGCUCAGGUUUUUAAGGGAGUUUAUUUCCCGCAUGAAGAUUUAUUGUCGGCCAAACUUGGAUAUCGCCCAAGCUAUGCUUGGUCGAGUAUUAUGCGGUCCAGUUGGAUUUUCCAUGAAGGUGGCCUUUGGAGAAUUGGAGAUGGUAGUAGGGUUGAUAUCCUUAAUGAUAAAUGGUUACCAAAUGGGGCUCUUGUUAUAUGUAGGCAGGAUUUAAUGGUUGAGCUCGGGGUGUCUAAGGUCACCCAUUUAAUUGACCAUGCGACCAACUCUUGGAAGCAUGAUUUAGUGGAUUUUAUUUUCCACCCAACAACUGUUUCCAUUAUUUUAAAAAAUCCUUUACCUUUGCAUGGUCAUAUUGACACUCUUAUGUGGCCAGAAACAGUGGAUGGCAAUUACUGUUUCAAAUCUGGAUAUGUUUUUGUUCGCAGGAAGCUUCUCGGUGCUUGCUUUUCAACAUCUUCUCAGCCUUCGCUUCCCGCACCUUUGUGGAAGAAGUUCUGGCGUACCGAUGCUCAGCCCCAUUGCAAGGAAGUGGCGUGGUGUGUGGUCUCUGGUUUGGUGCCUGUCCGUGCUUCUCUUCGCCGAAGAUGCCUUGAUGUUGAUCCUUUGUGCCCAUUGUGGGCUAGUGAUGAGGAGACGGGUGGUGAGGUGCCUGUCCCGGUUGUUGUGGUGGUGCAGCGCUGCUGCAUGCUUGCUGCUACUCCCGUUGUGGACGUAGCCGUGGGGUCCAGACCAAGCUCGACAUUGCCAUCUUCUUGGGUAAGGCCGAUGCACGAAGUUUAUAAGCUAAACUUCGAUGCAUCGGUGGCAUCCACGGGGUUGGUAGGCUUUGGUUUGAUUGUGAGGGAUAGGCAUGGCGAGGUUCUUGCUUCUGCAGCGCAGCAUCUCCUUCAUGUUUCUUCGCCACUUCUUGGGGAGGCUAUGACUUUUCGGCGGUCCAUGCAGCUUGCGGUUCAGAUGGGGUUUAUACGUGUGCUGUUUGAGAUAGAUUGUUUGCAGCUGUUUCAGCGUUGGAAGAAGCCGCCGGAUGGCAGAUCGUAUUCAUCUAGUAUUAUUAGUGACUGUUGCUGGUUAUCUCGUUAUUUUGAUUAUGUUGAUUUGUUUUUUGUUCGCCCUGGGUAA